AUGUCCAAGCUGACGAUUCCUCGGACUCCACCUUUGAAGCCGCUGCAUCAGCUCCAGCUACCGCCCACGCCGGCUACGAAUACCGAUCUGUUUCAAGCCGCAGAUCCCAUUGGAAGUGCAGUGCACUUUAAGAAGACUUGCGUAUAUAAUUGGACUCUCAUUUCCAAUCAGAGCACAGACGCUAUGGAUCCGUUUAGACUUCUGUUGGUAUGUCUGCUAGCGCUUGGCUGGCUGUGUGAGGUGACACCCUCGAAGCACCACCUCCAGUACGAGGACGACGAGGAUCAUCACUAUCUGCCGCCGGAGGAGGAGCAUGUACUAAAGCCCUUCUUCCGCAAGGACAAGCACACGAGUGAGCAUGUUGUCUAUCACAAGGGUGAGCAACAUCACGAGCCCAAGCGUGUGGAUCACUACCAUCACUACGACAAGCAGCCGGACGUGAAGACCAACCAUGUACAUUACCAGCAGGCUGCACCACAGCUGCGCACCGCUGGCCUUCUGAUCACCGCGCCCUCACAGAUCGUCACACGUCGUCGCCGCCCCAAUCGCGUGCUCUAUGCAAGCGCACCCAACUCUGUCUUCCACACUCAGAUCAAUGUGCAAUCGCAGGACUCUGAGUUGAGCUCCCAGAUAAGGGCACAGGCGCCCACAGGGGCACAGGCGCCCACAGGGGCACAGGCGCCCACAGGUGCACAGGCGCCUGUAACUUCAUUGCCCAAUUGCCAGUUCCCAGUUGCUGGAAAUCCUCCCGCUGGCUGUCGCGACUUCGAUCCAACUGGUGCUCAGCUAGGCGCCAAUGCUCUGCCAGCUGGUGGACAACUGCCAGCCAAUGCUGGAGACCCGCCGGGGGGCGGACAACUGCCAGCCAUUGCUGGAGACCCGCCGGGUGGCGGACAACUUCCAACCAAUGCUGGAGACCCGCCGGGUGGUGGACAGCUCCCAACUAAUGCUGGCUUGCCAGCUGGUGGACAGCUCCCAACUAAUGCAGGCCUGCCAGCCGGUAGUCAGUUGCCUGCAAAUGGCUUCUCGCAGGCUGGACAAUUACCCACAAUCGGCUUGCAAGCCAAUUUACCCAGCAAUGCAGGCAACCGCAACAAUCUCUUCAUUGAUCCCUCGCUGGGCGCACAGCUGCCAGCUGGAGGACAGGCGCCAGCUUUUGGUAAUGGCAAUCAAGUUCAGGGAGGACAACGGCCAGCUGGCGGACAAGCUACUGUUCUGGGCAACGGAAAUCCGGUUUUGGGUGCCCAAUUGCAAGCAGGAGGCCAAGCUCCCACUUUUGGUAACGGAGAUCCAGUCCUAGGAGCACAGCUGCAAACGGGAGGACAAGCGCCAACUCUGGGCAAUCCUGUGCUGGGAGGUCAGUUGCCCACCGGAGCCCGAGCACCAGCUGGGAAUCCGAAUGGCAACGGCAACCCUGUGCUGGGAGGUCAGCUGCAAGCCGGAGCCCAAGCGCCAGCUGGGAAUCCAAAUGGUAAUGGCAAUCCUGUCGGCGGAGGUCAGUUGCCCGCAGGAGCCCAAGCACCAGCUGGCAAUCCUACUGUUAAUGGCAAUCCUGUCGGGGGAGGACAGCUGCCAGCUGGUGGUCAGCUGCCUGCAGUAGGCCAAGCGCCCGGUAAUCCAGUCUUGGGUGCCCAACUGCCUGCUGUAGGACAGCUCUUUACUCCCUUGCUUGGGGGUCAAUUGACAACCAAUGGAAAUAGCAAUCCGAAUCUGGCUGCAGUGACUGUACGUCUGAAUGGGCGGCGCAAUGGACGUCGCUUGCGAAAUCGCACCAACUACCAGGGCCUUAAUGUCCUGCGAGGUAAUGUGUUUGGUCAGCCAAAUCUGCAGGGACCAACGAAUGUAGUCGGCAAUCACCAGGACACGAACAUCAUCGAUGGCAGCUUCUACAGCUAUCCGGGGCAGAGUCAAAUGUUGGUCCGUUUAAAUGGCAACCAACGCUCAGUGCUGCUGACCGAUGGCGACUACUACGAUGACGAUGACCCAGCAAAUAUUGGCAUUGCUGCCAGCUCGCCGGAGCUGAGCUAUGCAGCGCCCCAGCAUAAAGGAUCUCAUCACAGGGCCAGCUCCAGUAGCCUGCACCAUCAGACAGCUGCCUCCGAGCACGGAUACCACUACAAGAAUCCCAGGCAUAUCAAAUGA